AUGCAGUUCAAAUCUUUCCUUUGGACGGCACUGCCGGUGCUCCUCCAACUGGACUCACUGGCCGUUGCGGAUUCUCCAGCAAGCCGUGUGAACAGAUGCUUGAAGGCCUAUGCCGGAAAUGGUGCAUCCGCAUCAUCCAAAAGCAGAAAUGUCUAUCAGACCGACUUUGAAGGCGUGACCUGGGACGACGACAAUUGGCUCCUGACAACCACUACUCUCGAGCAAGGUCGUUUCCAAACACGAGGCUCCGUCGCUAACGGCUACCUCGGUAUCAAUGUUGCCAGCGUCGGUCCAUUCUUCGAAAUGGAUGACGAAGCUAUGGGAGGCGACGUGAUUAGCGGAUGGCCGCUCUUCUCGCGACGCCAGUCGUUCGCAACGAUUAGUGGUUUCUGGGAUUCCCAGCCUACCACUAACAGCUCGAAUUUUGGCUGGAUCUCCCAGUACGGCAGUGACAGCGUGAUCAGUGGUGUUCCCCACUGGAGUGGUUUGAUCUUGGAGCUUGAUAAUGGUACCUACUUGGAUGCAAAGGUUGAUAACUCGACCAUCUCGAACUUUACCUCUACCUAUGACUUCCAGGCUGGUGUCCUGUCGUGGUCCUAUCGAUGGAAGCCCGAGGGCGAUCAUGGUACCUUUGAUAUCAAGUACCGCCUCUUCGCCAACAAGCUGUAUGUCAACCAGGCUGUUGUGGAUAUGGAGAUUGUUGCCUCCCAGGACUCCAAUGGAACUAUUGCCAAUGUUCUGGAGGGAUAUUCUGCCGUUCGCACAGACUUUGUUCAUUCCGGCGAGGACAAUGGUGCUAUUUACUCGGCUGUGCGGCCAAAUGGUAUCGCCAAUGUCACGGCCUAUAUCUACGCCAAUCUGACCGCCACUUCUAGCGUGGAUCUGUCUUCGCGGAAGCUGGUUGAUAACAAGCCAUAUGUCAGCUCCAACUCUUCUUCUAUCGCACAGACUGUGCCCGUCACUUUCAAAAAGGGAAAGACCGUGCGUGUCACUAAGUUUGUCGGUGGCGCUUCUACCGAUGCGUUUGCCAACCCUCAGAAUGUCGCCAAGGCAGCGGUCUCGUUUGCGGCUAUGAACGGAUAUGCCAAGUCACUUCGCACUCACGUUGUCGAAUGGGCAAGUGUCAUGCCCGUUGACUCGGUCGAUCAUUAUGCCUUCCCCAACGGCAGUCUGCCCGAGGACAGCUACAUCGUCGAUUCUGCCGUGAUCGCAGUGGCCAACACCUACUAUCUCCUGCAGAACACCGUCGGCAAGAACGCCAUGAAAAUGUCCAACAGCACCACCCUCAACCGAGACAGUAUCUCCGUCGGUGGUUUGACCUCUGACUCCUACGCUGGUCAAGUCUUCUGGGAUGCCGAUGUCUGGAUGCAACCCGGUCUGGCUGCGUCUCACCCAGAAUCUGCUCAACGCAUUACCAAUUACCGUGUGGACAGAUAUGGCCAGGCCCAGGAGAACAUUAAGACUGCGUAUGCUGGCUCGCAGAACCAGACAUACUUCUCUCCUGAUGCUGCUAUUUAUCCCUGGACCAGUGGACGCGCUGGAAACUGUACCGCUACCGGUCCUUGCUGGGAUUACGAGUACCACUUGAAUGGUGACAUUGGCUUGUCGAUCAUUAACGAGUGGGUUGCUAGUGGUGACAACAAGACCUUCAAGGAGAGCUUCUUCCCGAUUUAUGACUCGGUCGCAACACUCUAUGCCGAUCUACUGGUGAAGAACGGAUCCUACUGGACUCUCACGAAUAUGACUGAUCCUGACGAGUAUGCCAACCACGUCGACGCGGGUGGCUUCACUAUGCCGCUCAUUGCUCAGACUCUGUCGUAUGCCAAUCAAUUCCGCCAGCAGUUUGGUCUCGCUGAGAACGCCACAUGGGACGAGAUGGCAAAGAAUGUCCUGGUCAUCCGUGAGAACGGCGUCACUCUGGAGUUCACCACUAUGAACGGCAGUGCUGUCGUGAAGCAGGCCGAUGUUGUCCUGAACACUUAUCCUCUGGACUACACCACCAACUACACCACCCAGGAUUCCCUGAAUGACCUUGACUACUACGCAAACAAGCAAUCCCCCGACGGACCAGCCAUGACAUGGGCCAUCUUCUCCGCCGUCGCAAACGAAAUGUCUCCCUCAGGCUGCUCAGCAUACACCUACGCGCAAUACGCCUUCAAGCCCUACGCCCGCGCCCCCUUCUACCAAAUGUCCGAACAACUCAUUGACAACGCCACCACAAAUGGGGGCACCCACCCAGCCUUCCCCUUCCUAACCGGCCACGGCGGUUCCAACCAAGUAGUUCUAUUCGGCUACCUAGGACUGCGCCUCCUGCCCGACGAUAUCCUCCACGUCGACCCCAACCUGCCCCCUCAAAUCCCCUACCUGAAAUACCGCACCUUCUACUGGCGCGGCUGGCCCAUCUCCGCAUGGUCAAAUUACACCCACACAACACUCACCCGGGCAAACAGCCAACCCCUCGACACGGCAGACACCCGCUUCAAGAACUCCUCCAUAACCGUGCACGCAGGGCCAGAAUCAAACUUUACUUCCUACAAGCUAUCCACCCACGGCAAAAUCGUCAUUCCAAACCGCCAAAUCGGCUACGUCAACUCUAUAACCGGAAACCUAGUCCAAUGCCAACCAAUCACUUCCUCAGAUACCUACGAACCGGGCCAAUUCCCCAUCUCCGCCAACGACGGCGCAACAUCCACAAAAUGGCAACCAAGCCUCGCCUCAAACCUCAGCGCGAUUACAAUCUCCCUAGAACACGAGGCAGGCCAACUAGUCUCGGGCUUCAAAUUCGAUUGGGCCCAAGCACCACCGAUCAACGCAACCAUCAUCUUCCACAACAAGACCCUGUCCAAUCCCGCGCAGACCUACGAGUCCGGGUCUAGCAGUGAUUACCAGGUGAUUAGUUCGCUGAGGAAUAUCACCUUGUCCAAUCCGUAUCAGGAGGGUGUGACCAAUUUGGAUGCUAUCGCUAUUCCGGUCGGGAAUACUACGAAUGUGACGCUUUCGAGUCCUGUGCCUGUGGCGCGGUUUGCCUCGUUGCUUAUUGUGGGUAAUCAGGCGCUUGAUGAGGUCGAUGUUAAGGCUGGGAAUGGGACUGGUGCGACUGUUGCUGAGUGGGCGAUUAUCGGGCAGAACUCUAGUGACAGUCAGAGUGGUGGUUCUGCUAAGCGCGCUAUGAAUGCUCGUAUCGCGGCUAGUAUGGCUGGCUCGCGGGCGUUCAUGGAGCGUCGGUAUAAGAAUUCUGUCAAGAGCGGAUUGUAA